AUGCAGCAUCCGGAAAUCCCCAGUCCUGAUUCGGAUGGCUCAGGCUCUUCCGAUGAAUAUCCCCAAUAUCCCGUGAGGGCUAACUCAGCAUUCGGAGAGACUGUUGAGGGCCAAAUUCAAACACCUGCCACCACCAUCACAUCUUCUCCUCCAUCUCAUUCGCCUAGUCUCGCUUCAUGGUCUAGUACUCCAACAACAAGGCCGCGCGGAGCUAGCGUCGGUGCUACCACCCUUCUUGAUAAGACCGACGGUCUUGCUAUGGCCAGCGACUUGCGACUUCAGCGCCCGUCCGCCCCGGUACGAACACCGUCGAAUACAUAUGCCCCGCAGCGGCGGCCACCGCAAUAUAUCAGUCUGCAGGAAGACCGGCAACGAUCGUCAUCGGCUAAGCGGGGGACCCGACGCGAUCCGAACGCGCAAUACCGAGCCCAAGAGAAAGCCUAUGUUCAACGGAUUCGAGCGAACCCCCAAGCCUGGUAUCACCACUUCAAAGACGCGCAAACAAACAGCAUGAUAGAGGGGGAUGCCGAUUUAGAGGACCCCUCUCCUUCCUCCGAGGUUGCCUUUGAAGAUGAUUCCUAUGACCCCGAUACCCAACUCUUCCUCCCGGACGACAACCUUCCAACCACAGAAGAACUCAAGCAUCCUAAGAACCAGGAGCGACUUGAGUGGCAUUCCAUGCUGGCGUCGGUCUUGAAGGGUGAUGUAGUGAAGCAAGAGAAACAACGACUCAUUGGAUCUGCGGAAUCAAAACGGUCGGCGGCCCAGAGUUAUGCUCUUUGGAUCGGAGUUCGGGCGAGAACAUGUGGCCGAAGUAUUCCUUUGCAGCGAAAAGUGAUUGAGGAUGCGCGGUCACGUCUGGGACCUCUCAUUGAAGAUAUCAUAGGGUUCCAGAUUAAGGGCGAGACCGAGAUAGGAAAACCGCCAAGGCAGCAAGUUGAGGAUGUUGUGGAGAAGGUCGAGCGUUGCGAAAUUCUUUACUCUUCGCACAAAGAAAUGGAGGCCGCGAACCCCCGUGUUGCGUCGGAGGAAUUUGUCUCUAGUCGCGCAGCCAUCUUUGCGUGGCACAACAUCACGGCUCUCAUCAACACCGAGCUGGCUGUGCUCCAAAGCUGGGUGGGAAAUGAAGCUUUGGAUUUCAGCCAGCCAAGGGUCAAGUCAGCUAAGAAUGAUCUCUCGGACGGGUCGUCCUUCCUUGAUCGCAUCAUGAAGGAAGAUGGGUUGAAGACAUUGCAGGACAAGGACGGCAUGCUUCUUCGGAUUCUCGCCGUCAUUCAGAAAGCGAAGAGUACUCUGAUUGAAAAUUCGCAAGCGUUUGCUGCGCGCCAUCUGCCACCAUAUAUCGAGGAACUUCUUACAUUGAUCAAUUUCCCCUCCCGCUUGAUUCAGGAAAUCAUUCGAGUCCGUCUAUCUUAUGCGAAAAAUAUGAAAGACCCAGCUCAGCAGGCCCCCAUCCUGAUUGAUCAGAUGAUCUCUCAAUUUCAAAUCUUGAUGAAAGUGGCGGUCGACAUUAAAUUCCGCUACCUUGACGUCUCGAGGCCAGAACCUGGCUGGGAUUUGCCUCCAUGUGUUGACGAGAACUUCGAUAAUUCCGUGCUGGAUGCUAUGAAAUACUACUUCCGGCUACUCAAUUGGAAGUUGAACGCCAACAAGAACACCUUCAAAGAAGCAGAAAUCCUGGAACAGGAAUGGGGAUACUCCUAUGAUAUCGGCCGGCGGCUUGACGGCGGUGAUAUCGAGGUGGCUGAGCAGUUUAGCGCCUUGACUGCCAGAUCACUACAGCGUCUCAUGAUUCAUUUCGAACGUGAACUCGUUCCGAGACCAAAAGAGACCGUACAGGAUAUGGACAAACGAUAUAAGAGCAUCCUAGAUUCAACUCGUAUUCGUCAGCGCAAGCUCUAUCGAUUCUCCAAAUUUUUGUGCCAAUUGUUUGAAAAUGCCACCGAAUACAAUAUCACUACCGAUAUCGCUUAUGAUUUUUUCGAAGCACUCUUGAUCUCCGACCACUUCCUUGUCACCUCCACUACAUCCGUGGGACAAAAGGGAGUUUAUCUGAUUGCGCACCAUGCAUUGUGGAACCGCCCCGCCGACAUCCAGGCCAUUCUGUCCACCUCCUUCAAAGAAGACGAUGCGACCCAGGAUGUCCAUAUUCCGUAUGUUUUGGCUAUCCGACCCGAGAAGCCCUUGGCUUGGGCGGGAAAAGAAAUGCAAGUGGAGUUUUUGGAACACCCCACAGAUGUGCGGCUGGGCAAGCUCCGUAUAGUCGUUGAAGGCAUGCAAGAACGGCUACAGAAUGCACGCAUAGAACUCGCACGACUCACAGGCAUCCAACUUGAUAUGGUCAUCGAACAACGUGCCAACCUUGGACGUGUCAACGUUGAACUGAACAAAAUCAAGAAGAUCUCUUUCAAACUGUCCAUGACCAUCAUGGAUAGUGUGUCUAUCAUUAAGGAUCAACUGCGUGAGAGAAACUGGGAGAACAAUGAUUUGAUACAGGCCUGUUAUGCAUUCGCCACAGAGUUUGGUAAACGAUCCUCAAACUAUGUCGAUGCUAACAGGCGUGCUAUGAACAGUGCCCGAUUAGUGGAGUUGUCUCUUGACUGGGUCGCGUUCAUUUGCGACGAGUGUGACGCUGCGGACCGAAAAACCUUCAAGUGGGCUGUGGCAGCGCUCGAGUUUGCGAUGGCCAUCACAUCCAGUCGCCAUCUUCUGUCUAUGGAUCAAGAUCAAUUCAGCGAUUUCAGACUGAAAGUGGCAGGUUGCAUGUCUCUCCUCAUCUCUCAUUUCGACAUCAUGGGUGCGCGCUCUUCUCUCGCAGCCAAGAACGAGAAACGCAUGGAAGAGCGCAAUAGUGCCCGCCAGAUUGGUACUGGUCGGAUCAUUAGCGACGAAGAAGCAGCAAAGCUUGUUCGCGAGACAUGGUACGCACGUGUUGUGGAGAUUGAAGAUAGGAGAAUUGAGGAAGAUGCGAAGCGUCAAGCCUUGGGCAAGGUGCUGGAAGGAUCUGACGAGGCUGAUCGGUCACUCACUGUGCUUUCAUCAUCGGCUACCAAUGUCACUCUACGGUGGCAGCAAGGUCAAUUCAUCGGUGGUGGUACCUUCGGGUCUGUCUAUGUGGCUAUCAACUUGGACAGCAAUUAUUUAAUGGCUGUCAAGGAGAUUCGUCUACAGGAUCCCCAGCUCAUCCCCAAGAUUGCCCAGCAGAUUCGCGAUGAAAUGGGUGUGCUCGAAGUGCUCGAUCACCCAAACAUUGUCUCUUAUCACGGCAUUGAGGUGCAUCGUGACAAGGUUUACAUCUUCAUGGAGUACUGCUCAGGUGGGUCGCUUGCUAGCUUGCUCGAGCACGGCCGUAUCGAAGACGAAACAGUCAUCAUGGUCUAUGCACUCCAACUUCUUGAGGGCUUGGCUUAUCUCCACGAAGCUCACAUCGUACACCGUGACAUCAAACCUGAAAACAUCUUGCUCGAUCACAAUGGUGUCAUCAAAUACGUUGAUUUCGGUGCUGCCAAGAUCAUUGCCCGCUCGGGCCGCACUGUUGCCCCAAUGGACAACCCUCAGGGCAUGAGUUUCAAGGAGGCGGCGAAAGAAACUGGCACCCAGCGCAAAAACCAGAAGACCACUACAGGAACUCCGAUGUACAUGUCACCCGAAGUGAUCCGCGGAGACGCCGCAAGUCUGGACAACCGCCAAGGUGCCGUGGAUAUCUGGUCUCUGGGCUGUGUGGUUCUGGAAAUGGCAACUGGUCGCCGGCCAUGGUCCACGCUGGACAAUGAAUGGGCAAUUAUGUACAACAUCGCCCAGGGCAAACAACCCGCACUUCCAUCUCGCGAUCAACUCAGCGACCUAGGAAUUGACUUUGUGCGUCGCUGCUUCGAAUGCGAUCCAGCUCGCCGUGCCACCGCCGCCGAACUCUUACAGCACGAAUGGAUCGUCUCCAUCCGUCAACAGGUCGUCCUGGAGCCUCCCACGCCGGGUAGCGAUUACAGCAGCAGCUCAGGCUCAACCUCCACCACACGCCAAAACUCAACAUAUAUGUGA